AUGGACCAGCUGUACAUCGACAACACCAUGCCGCAGAAGGCCCUCGGGGCGGCCCCGGCGGACCUGCUAAGGGAAAGCCUCGAAAAGGUCGUUACGACGAAUCCGCCGCAGGACAAGUACGACCCGGAGACGUGCAUAGGGCUGCUCGCAGGCCCGACGGGCGUUGCCUACUCCCUCCUCUGCUUGUCCGCCCGUCACCCGGACCUCCGCAUCAACGGCCACGACCUCCUGCACUGGGCCAAGAGGUACACCGAGGGCGACCGCGGGACGCUCGUCCUCGAGGACGGGUGUUGCGGCAUCGUCGCCGAGGUGCUCGCCCUCGACGCCGUGCGCGCCUGCGUCACCAAAGACCGCCGCUACGUGACAGAUCUGCUCGCGCACAUGCCGAGACUGCUCGAGCCGGCGUCGGGAGAGGGCGUAGACAAGUUCCCGGCCGAGAUGAUAUACGGCAGGGCGGGCAUGCUCUACAUGCUGCGCGCGGUGCGCCAUUGGGUGCCCGACUGUGCGGACCUGCUCGAGGAGCCGGUGAAGCAGCUCGCGCGCCGCAUCUUGGACAAGGACGACGACGGCAAGGGCCACUGGCUGUGGAACGGCGCGCGAUAUUUUGGCGCCCCUCACGGCGACAUUGGCACACUGGCGCAGAUUAUCCUAUGCGUUCCGUCGCUCGCCCCCGAGCUCACCGGCCUGCUUGAGGAGCUCCUGGCCCUCCAGAACAGCGAGGGCAACUGGGUACACACAGCCAAGGCGCUCGACGCCGGCGAGGCGGCCGUACGGGUGCAAUACUGCCACGGCGCGCCAGGCUACGUCUUUGCGCUGCAGUCACUGCGCCCUCACUACCCCGAGUUCGCCGGACGGUUUGACAAGGCCAUUGAGAAGGGCCGCGAGGUCACCUGGGCCAAGGGCAUUCUCAAGAAGGAGCCGAGCCUCUGCCACGGCGUGCUCGGCAACGCGCUAUCGCUGGAGAAGGGCUCCAGGAGAAGCCACUUCCUCGCGCUGGCGACUCCAGAUGCCGUUGCCGAGACCCGGGCCCGUGAUGCGACGCUCUUCAAGCCGGCCAACUACGGGCUCGAGAACUCUGCGCUGCUGGGAUAUUGGCCGAGCGCGGCGUGGGCGUGGUCAGUGUGCGAGGACGAGGAGCCGCGGAUGCUGCUGUUCAACGACAUCUAA